AUGAGUAACGCAAAGGGAACACGAUCGUACAGUACCAACUUUCAAGUAAAGAGAAGGAGAAGGAGAGAGGGAAAGACCGACUACAAGCACAGGACAAACAUGAUCAGACAGGAUGCAACCGAAAGCGGAGUAUCUAAGUACAGGCUGGUUGUUAGGAUAACGAAUAGCAAGGUGAUAUGCCAGAUCAUGGGAGCAUACAUGGAUGGAGACCGUGUAAUGGCAUAUGCAGACUCAAGCGAACUGAAGAAGUACGGGGUUGACUUUGGAUUGACGAACUACUCAGCAGCAUAUGCAACUGGAUUUUUGAUUGGACGAAGGGCACUGAAUGCACUUUCUAUGGACAAGGUGUAUCUUCCGAAGGAGAUUGACGGGACAUACAGCGUUACAGAGGACAUUGAUGAGGACAGGAAGGCGCUAAAGGUGUAUCUCGACAUUGGUCUUGCUAGAUCUAGCAAAGGAGCAAAUGUGUUUGGAGCAAUGAAGGGAGCAUCUGAUGCAGGACUGAACAUUCCGCACAGUGAGGUGAAGUUUUAUGGAUACAACAAGGGAAAGCAGUUCAACGUGAAGGAGUUGCAUGACAGAAUAUUUGGACAGAAUGUGUCGAAGUACAUGAUUGAGCUGAGGGAAUCUGAUCCGGAGAAGUACAAAAUGCAAUUUUCUGAAUAUAUUAAGAAGGGAAUUGAGCCUGAAAACAUAUAUGGGAUCUACAAGAGUGCAUUUGAGAAGAUAGCGGCUGAUCCUGUGAAGGAGAAGAGGGAGAAGAAGGAUUAUUCUGGUCUGAAGAAGUACAAGCAGGCAAGGCUUACGUAUGAGGAGAGGAAGAGGAUGGUUGAGGCGAAGCUUGGAAAAGCUGGAGACGAAUAA